AUGCCUAAGAACCUGAAGGAACUGGAGGCUGGCCUGGGUAUCAUGGGAUACUACCGCGAGUUUGUCGAUCAUUUCUCCGCAGUGGCAGACCCGUUGAACAGGCUCAAGGCACAAGGUUUUCGGCGGGCCCCAAUCAAGAACCCUGCACGGGACUCGUACGCGGCAAAAAUCACUUUCCCUUACAGCGCUGAGCCCCCCGCGGAUACUUCCACCCCGUCGCUGCGUCGUGAAGCUGAACGCAUACGCCGGCAAAAUGACAAUGCCGGGCAGCUGUGGGAGGAAUGCCAAGUGGCUUGGGAAAAGCUGAAGACCGCCCUCGUCAACGCAGUCGAGCUGGCACACCCAGGCUUUGACAAACCCUUUAAAUUACACGUCGACGGCAGCAAAGAACGCGGAUUCGGUGCCGCCCUCCACCAAACACAAGAAGACGGGAAGCUGCGUCCUAUACUGUUCCUAUCCAAGAGCCUGUCACCAGCCGAACAAAAUUACGGCGCGACAGAGCUGGAGACAGCCGCUCUAGUGUGGGCACUGCAGAAGCUGGAACAUUAUCUAGACCACGCACAGAUCGUCGUGGUAUCUGACCACACCGCGAUUCGGGAUACGUUCGCGAGCAUUAGAAACGGCAAACCAAAAGGCAAAUACCGGUUGGUGAAUUGGCGAUUAUAUCUUGAACGUUGGCGUCGGAACAUCAAGAUCAAGUACAGGGAAGGUCGCGCUCACGUCAACGCCGACGCCCUGUCCCGACUGCCCACGGUUCACGACGUCGUCGAGGUGAUGCUCACCGAGUCGAUUUCAGCGGCGACGCCCCAGCCAAAAACCACUCCCCUCGCCGAUGAUUUGUUGACUCGCAUUGCACAGGCGCUGCCGGCAGAUCCAACCUUUCGGAAAAUCUACGCACGUUUACGACAAAACGAGGCACCGGAUAUAUUACACCAUUUUGCUAUCCAGCGUGACUCGAAGCUUCUCUAUUUCUACGACGCUGACAACUGGCGUUUGUGUGUACCUGAGAAAAUGAUCGAUGAAGUCAUUCGCGUUGGGCACGAUGAUCGAUCGCACGCGGGCGGAGCUCUGCGCACGUACGGAUUCCUCCGUGAUUACGUCUUCUUUCACAACAUGCGCCGUCGUGUCGCCGCAUACGUGUCAGCGUGCCCAGAAUGCCAAAAAUCUCUGCCCAGGAGGUCACUGCCUUACGGGAAUAUGCAACCUGUGCCUAUGCCAAAAUGCCCUUUCGCCACUGUGUGUUUGGAUUUCGUCACAGGCCUGCCAGAACACGACGGGGUCGACUGCUUGCUCGUCGUAGUCGAUAAAUUUUCCCGCCUCGUUCGAUGCCUGGAAGGCCGGACGGACUGGUCCGCCGAGCAGUGGGCAACGAAAUACAUACGUCAGGUGUAUCCCGAGUGGGGCAUGCCGCACCAAUUCAUACAUGACGCCGAUCCGAAAUUCGUGUCGCACCUUUGGCAAGCGCUGUGCGACGCCUCGAACACCACCAAUAGGCCAACCACAGCUUACCACCAACAAGCGAACGGCCUGAGCGAACGCACUAUUCAGACCUUGGUGCUGUGCCUGCGUUCGGUGAUCGGAGGCCGCUACGACACAUCGCAAUGGCGCAACUACCUACCUCACGUCCUAUUCUCGCUGAACACAUCAAUACAAAGCGCAACGGGCCUGUCGCCGUUCGAACUACUGUACGGACGCAAGCCACGUCAUUUCCUACAGCUUUCGGCCACCGCAGAAGACGAAGACUUCGGGUCUUCACAGAAAGCGCGUUUCGCCGACGCCUGGGACGCAGCCCAGCUGGCCGUGGCCCGCACCAAGAUUUACUACGACGCAAAGCACCGAACACCCCCUGCUCUGGACGUGGGCGACCUGGUGUACGUUAAGUUGGCCAAGCCGGGCGCAGACGGCUACCACCUUAAUCACCAGACGAAGUUGUCCCAUCGACGUGCCGGUCCUUUCCCCAUCACGAAACGUAUAUCCGCGCUACGUUUGGAACUCGGCUUGCCCUCCUACCUCAAUUGGCGGCCGGAAUUCAGCAUCGAACAUUUGGAACCCGUCCCGGCCUUACCCCCCGGGCCCCUGAAAGGCACGGACAAGUACAUCAUUGAGAAGAUCAUCGCCCACCGCCGCGUGGGACGCAAGCGACAAUACCUGGUGAAAUGGCUCGACUACGAUGAGACAUACGAUAGUUGGGAACCUGAGGACAUAUUACAAGAGGAUGUGCCGAAACUCCUUGAUCUUUAUAAACAGCAACACAACCUUGUCUCGCGAGGACGCCUUCCACGCUCGCGAUGA